UAGGCCUUGGUUUCGGGUCUCGCUGCGAAGCUCGCGUGGGUGGCAUCGGGCGCGGGUCCCGGCCCCACGAAGAGCUCACCCUCCACCCCGCGAGCGGCGGCCGCGGAAGUGACGUGUGUACGGGCAGAAGCUUGUUUGAAUCGGUUCCCGGGUGAUUCUCGCGUUGGCCGCUGUUCCACCGCCGCCGCGGAGGGUGGGGCUGCAGCGCGCCUAGGUUGAGGCCUCUCGCCGCCCUGGGGACUGGCGCGGAGCUUGUACCUGGGUCCUCUGAGCGCAGCGGCGUUAGGCGCCGGCGCGGCUGUUUUUUCUCCUCUCCCCCAAUAUGGCAGCGGCAGGCGGCGGCGGCGGGCCUUCUGUAGGGACCGGAGAGGGCGGCGGAGGCGACGGCUGCAGGAACGUGUACUUGUUUGACCGGCGCGAGAAGGAGUCGGAGCUCGGCGACCGGGUGGUUCAGGUCGGGGAGCGCUCGGACUACUCGGAGUUCCGCGCCUCUGUGUGUCAGACACUUGGCAUUUCACCUGAGGAAAAAUUUGUAAUUACAACAACAAGUAGGAAAGAAAUUACCUUUGAUAAUUUUGAUGAAACUGUUAAAGAUGGAGUUACUCUAUACCUUCUACAGUCAGUCAGUCAGUUACUACUAACAGCUACAAAAGAACGAAUUGAAUUCCUGCCUCACUAUGACACACUGGUUAAAAGUGGCAUGUAUGAAUAUUAUGCAAGUGAAGGACAAAAUCCUUUGCCAUUUGCUCUUGCAGAAUUAAUUGACAAUUCAUUGUCUGCUACUUCUUGUAACACUGGAAUUAGAAGAAUACAGAUUAAAUUGCAUUUUGAUGAAACACAAGGAAAACCUGCUGUUGCAGUGAUAGAUAAUGGAAGAGGAAUGACCUCUAAACAACUUAACAACUGGGCUGUGUAUAGGUUGUCCAAAUUUACAAGACAAGGUGACUUUGAAAGUGAUCAUUCAGGAUAUGUUCGACCAGUACCAGUGCCACGAAGUUUAAAUAGUGAUAUUUCCUAUUUUGGUGUUGGGGGCAAGCAGGCUGUUUUCUUUGUUGGACAGUCAGCCAGAAUGAUAAGCAAACCUGCAGAUUCCCAAGAUGUUCAUGAACUUGUGCUUUCUAAAGAAGAUUUUGAGAAGAAGGAGAAAAAUAAAGAGUCGAUAUAUAGUGGAUAUAUUAGAAACAGAAAGCCAUCUGAUUCUGUUCACAUUACAAAUGAUGAUGAAAGAUUUCUACAUUAUCUUAUCUCAGAGGAGAAGGAAAAAGAUAGCUUUACUGCUGUGGUUAUCACAGGGGUACAAUCAGAACACAUACAGUACUUGAAAAAUUAUUUUCAUCUUUGGACAAGACAGUUAGCGCAUAUUUAUCAUUACUAUAUUCAUGGCCCCAAAGGAAAUGAAAAACGUACAUCAAAAGAAGUUGGACCUUUCAGCAACAUUGAUAUUGAAAUUUCUAUGUUUGAAAAGGGGAAGGCAUCUAAGAUCGUCAACCUAAGGGAUAUACAAGAUGACAUGCAGACGUUGUAUAUAAACACAGCAACUGAUAGUUUUGAGUUCAAAGCUCACGUGGAAGGAGACGGUGUAGUGGAAGGGAUUAUCCGAUAUCACCCUUUCUUAUAUGAUAGAGAAACUUACCCUGAUGAUCCGUGCUUUCCAAAAUUAAAAGAUGAAGAUGAUGACGAUGAUUGUUUUAUACUUGAGAAAGCUGCAAGAGGGAAAAGGCCUAUUUUCGAAUGUUUUUGGAAUGGACGACUAAUACCAUAUACAUCUGUUGAAGGCUUUGACUGGUGUACUCCCCCAAAGAAGAAAGGACUUGCACCAAUUGAGUGUUACAAUAGAAUAUCUGGUGCAUUAUUCACUAAUGACAGAUUCCAGGUCAGCACAAAUAAACUGACUUUUAUGGAUCUUGAGCUAAAAUUGAAAGAUAAGAACACCCUUUUUACAAGGAUUUUAAAUGGACAGGAGCAGCGCAUGAAAAUUGACAGAGAAUUUGCUUUAUGGCUCAAGGACUGUCAUGAAAAGUAUGACAAACAAAUAAAAUUUACACUUUUUAAAGGAAUAAUUACACGUUCUGAUCUUCCUUCUAAAAAGCAGGGCCCCUGGGCCACGUACUCAGCAAUAGAAUGGGAUGGAAAAAUAUACAAAGCAGGACAGCUGGUCAAGACAGUGAAGACACUUCCUCUCUUUUAUGGGAGCAUAGAAAAAUUUUUUCUUUAUGGUGAUCAUGAUGGAGAAGUUUAUGCUACUGGAGGAGAGGUUCAAAUUGCAAUGGAACCUCGAGCACUAUAUGAUGAAACAAGAACUGUGCCAAUUGCAAAGCUGGAUAGGACAGUUGCUGAGAAAACCAUAAAAAAAUACGUAGAAGAUGAAAUGGCAAGGCUCCCUGAUAGAUUGUCAGUAACUUGGCCUGAAGGAGAUGAAUUAUUGCCAAAUGAAAUUAGGCCUGCUGGAACCCCUAUUGGUGCAUUAAGGAUUGAAAUACUGAAUAAAAAAGGAGAAGCAAUGCAAAAGCUUCCAGGAACAAGUCAUGGAGGGUCAAAGAAACUCCUGGUUGAGCUCAAAGUUAUAUUACAUUCUUCAAGUGGAAAUAAAGAAAUCAUUUCACAUAUUAGUCAACAUGGAGGAAAAUGGCCUUACUGGUUUAAAAAAAUGGAAAAUAUUCAGAAGUUGGGGUCUUAUACAUUGAAAUUACAAGUUGUGUUGAAUGAAAGUAAUGCAGACACUUAUGCUGGAAGACCACUACCAUCUAAAGCAAUUAAAUUUUCUGUUAAAGAGGGUAAGCCAGAGAAAUUUUCAUUUGGUCUUCUGGAUUCUCCUUUUCGCAUUGGAGUUCCAUUCAGUAUUCCUCUGGAAUUUCAGGAUGAAUUUGGUCAUACUACUCAACUAAUAAAUGAUAUUCAGCCUGUUCUUGAAGCAAGUGGUUUAUCUUUACAAUAUGAAGAACUAACCAAGGGACCAAAUUGUGUAAUUCGAGGUGUUACAGCUAAGGGCCUUGUAAACUCUUGUCAAGGCAAGAAUUUUAAUCUGAAGGUUGUUCUUCCGGGUUUAAAAGAAGACUCACAGAUUUUGAAAAUUAGAUUACUACCAGGUCCCCCUCAUCGAUUGAAAGUAAAACCUGAUUCUGAAAUUUUAGUUAUAGAGAAUGGAACAGCUUUCCCAUUUCAGGUAGAAGUUUUGGAUGAAUCAGACAACAUAACAGCACAACCAAAAUUGGUUGUUCAUUGUAAGUUUUCAGGUGCUCCUAACCUUCCACUCUACACUGUGGAUUGUAGUAGUUCUGGAACCAGUAUUUUAUCAGGAUCUGCAAUUCAAGUUCAAAAUAUCAAAAAAGACCAGACGCUGAAAGCUAAAAUUGAAAUACCUAGUUGUAAAGAUGUGGCACCUGUGGAGAAAACUAUUAAGUUGCUUCCCAGUAGCCAUGUUGCAAGAUUGCAGAUAUUCAGUGUGGAAGGACAAAAGGCAAUCCAGAUUAAACAUCAGGACGAGGUUAAUUGGAUAGCAGGCGAUGUUAUGCAUAAUCUCAUUUUUCAAAUGUAUGAUGAAGGAGAAAGAGAAAUCCAUGUAACUUCAGCUUUAGCAGAGAAAAUUAAAGUUAAUUGGACUCCUGAGAUUAACAAAGAACACUUGCUACAAGGACUGCUUCCUGAUGUACAAGUACCAACAUCUGUAAAAGAUAUGCGCUAUUGCCAGGUUUCAUUUCAGGAUGAUCAUGUGUCUUUGGAAAGUGCAUUUACAGUAAGGCCCCUGCCUGAUGAACCUAAACAUCUAAAGUGCGAGUUAAGAGGAGGAAAAACAGUACAGAUGGGCCAAGAACUUCAAGGGGAAAUAGUUGUAAUAGUUACAGAUCAGUAUGGAAAUCAGAUUCAAGCAUUUUCACCAAGUUCUUUAUCUUCCUUGGGAAUUGCUGGUAAUGGACUUGAUAACUCACAGUUGAAAACUACCUUUCAGGAAAAUUCACAGAGUAUAAGUGUAAGAGGCAUCAGAUUUAUGCCAGGUCCUCCUGGAAAUAAGGAUCUUUGUUUUACUUGGCGUGAGUUUUCUGACUUUAUUCGAGUGCAGCUAAUUUCUGGGCCACCAGCUAAACUUCUCCUUGUAGACUGGCCAGAAGUAAAGGAGUCUAUUCCAGUGAUUAAUGGAAGAGAAUUACAGAAUCCUUUCAUUGUUCAACUUUGUGAUCAGUGGGAUAACCCAGCACCUGUACCACAGGUUAAAAUAAAUGUCAUAAAACCUAACAAUUUGAAGCUCACUCCUUCAAACCAACAGCAUAAAACAGAUGAAAGGGGCAGGGCUAAUUUGGGAGUAUUCAGUGUUUAUGCCCCUAGAGGAGAACAUACUAUUCAAGUGAAAGCCAUCUAUAACAAAAGUACCAUCGAAGGACCUGUAAUUAAGUUAAUGAUUCUUCCAGACCCUGAAAAACCCAUUCGUCUCAAUGUUAAAUAUGACAAAGAUGCUUCCUUUUUGGCAGGGGGUACUUUCACUGAUUUUAUGAUUACUGUUAUUUCUGAAGAUGAUAGUAUCAUUAAAAAUAUUAAUCCAGCACGUAUUUCCAUGAAAAUGUGGAAGCUCUCUAAUAAUGGGAACCGACCAUCAGCAAACGCAGAAACAUUUAGUUGUAAUAAAAUAAAAGAUAAUGACAAGGAAGAUGGCUGCUUCUACUUCAGGGAUAAAGCAAUUCCUAAUAAAGUGGGAAUAUAUUGUAUCCAGUUUUGUUUUAUGAUGGAUAAAGCAAAUAUUCUUAACAGUGAACAGAUUAUAGUUGACAUUCAACCUAAUCAACCUGUGAAGUUAGUACCUAAAAUUCAGCCAGCUACGCCAGCUGUUUCAAAUGAUCACUCAGUUGCCAACAGGACCCUGGUUAGAGAUUUACAUCUUAUUAUCACGGAUGACUUCAACAACCAGACUGGAAUUGAUUUGGUUGGCACUGUAAUAGCAACCAUUAAAGGUUCUAAUGAGGAAGAUACUGAUACGCCACUCUUUACUGGAAAAGUUAGAACACUUGAGUUUCCCUUUGUGAAAGGUUCAGCUGAAAUCACGAGUCUAGUGCUGGCAGAAAAUAGUCCUGGAAAGGAUAGUACUGAGUAUUUUAUUAUAUUUGAACCUCAGCUACCAGCUUUAUCAAGAACAUUAGAAUCAUAUAUUCUACCAUUUAUGUUUUCUGAUGAUGUUAAGAAACAACAACAACUGCUAGCAUUUGCCAAACAAAAGGAUAAAUUAUCUCGAUCUAUUGAAAUCUAUAGAGGUGUAUUUGAAACCAGCAGACAGCUUAUUGAUGAAAUGAAGUGCCAAGUAGAAGGAGCAAAAUUAAAAGAAGCCCAGUUGCGAAAUGAACUAAAAACACAUCAUAUUGACAUUCCUACAACACAACCGGUACCACACAUUGAAGCACUUUUGAAAAGAAAGAUAUUAGACCAGGAAGAACUAAAGAAAAAACCUAGAAGAUCAUGUACUCUUCCAAACUAUACUAAAAGCAGUGGAAAUGUUUUAGGAAAGAUUGCACACCUGGCACAAAUUGAAGAUGAUAGAGCUGCAAUGGUUAUUUCUUGGCAUCUGGCAAGUGAUAUGGAUUGUGUUGUCACCCUGACUACUGACGCUGCACGUCGUAUCUAUGAUGAAACCCAAGGCCGUCAGCAGGUGUUGCCCCUUGAUUCUAUUUAUAGGAAGACUCUUCCAGAUUGGAAAAGACCUCUGCCUCAUUACCGAAAUGGAAAAUUAUAUUUUAAACCCAUUGGAGAUCCAGUCUUUGCCCGAGAUUUGUUAACAUUUCCAGAUAACAUAGAACAUUGUGAAACAGUAUUUGGUAUGCUAUUAGGCGACACCAUUAUUUUGGAUAAUUUGGAUGCUGCCAAUCAUUAUAGAAAAGAGGUUGUCAAAAUUACACACUGUCCUACGCUGCUCACCAGAGAUGGAGAUCGCAUUAGAAGUAAUGGAAAGUUUGGGGGUCUUCAGAAUAAAGCUCCUCCAAUGGACAAACUUCGAGGAAUGGUAUUUGGAGCUCCAGUACCGAAACAGUGCCUGGUUUUAGGGGAACAAAUAGAUCUUCUUCAACAAUAUCGUAAUGCUGUGGACAAGUUGAACAGUCUGACCAAGGACCUUAAUAGUGAAUUAGAGUACCUUCAGUCUCCUGAAAUGAAGAAGAAGAAACACGAACUUGAUGAACAAGAGAAAAAUCUGAAGCUAGUAGAGCAACAACUAGCUAUAACUCUCACACCUAAGUGUAAUGAUUCAUUACGUCAUCCAACAAAGGUUGAAAUGACAGAUUGUCCAAUUCCUCCUAAAAGAGUGAGAAGAGAAGUUAUAAGACAAAAUAGGACUAUAACCAAAACAAAUGUGUGAAAGGUGACAGAGAAGAGGGGACCUUUGGUGUCAGUAAGAAUGCCCUGCCUUCUGCAGCUCUUUCAGAAGACCAAGAAGGUGACUUACCAAACUGUAUAUUUCUGGGGACAGUACAAGAAUCUGGGGCAUUCAUUUCCAUGUCUGUCUAGAGAAGACUGGAAGCAACCAUUCAGUUUUAUGAAUCUCACUGGACAAUAUGGAUUUGUUGUAAUUAUUCCAGCCAGCAUGCCCUGUGGUUGUCAUUACCAUGCAGAUGUGUCAGAGGAACAUGUACGAACAUGGCAGUGACUGCACUACUGGCACAUAGCAUUUAUUAAUCCUGAAGAGAAGUAUUGUACUAUUUUUCAAUAUGAUCACUAUAGACAUGCUAGAACUCUUUCUUGGAAACAAACCUUUCUUGGAAACAAACCUUUUUAUUACUUUUGUGUGAAUUUAUUUAACAAAACUGUUUUGUCUGUUAUGUCUAAGGGUGGUUCCAGAGGUUAGGUAUUUAAUUUUAAAUAUGUGAGGAAACUCUUAAUGAAAAGAAUUCAAAAUAAAAGUAGUCCAGAAAGCACAGGAAUCUGGGAAUUCAGAUGUUAAAAUAUGUAAAAAAAAAAAUAUUCAUGAGUGAAUUUGUGACAGCAGUAACAUUUUAAAUUUCUAAUGACUUACCCUGUAUGUAUAUAAAAUAUGCCUCAGCGUCCAUUUUUAUAAGUGUCGUUUGACUAUUAAUACUAGAUUAUAUAGUCUCAGCCUUAAUUCUAUAUUUGCAUUAUUUUGUAAUUUUUUAUUGCUAUUUUUAAAGGGUUAAAGAACUUGUACACUUCUACAUUAAUGCAAUAAGGGCCUGCUGGGAAGUUGCCUCAGACACAUUUGAACUGUGUAUUAAAGCUCACAUGUCAACAUAUAUGUCUUUGUGUAAGGUCAGUCAUAUCGGUCUGGGAAAUUACUUGGUAAGAAAAUACUUUUGGUACAGUUUUGUGUCCCAGGAUAUGUGUAUGUUUUAAAAUCUUUCUAAAUACACAGUGAAGUUAAUAAAGAGGAUUAGCUUUUUUUUCUAAUUUAAUAGAUUUUUCCCAUUGAAAGCUUCAUAACAGUUAUUAUCUUGUAAAGAACUAUUACACUGAUAAACCUGUCUUUAUAAUUGGAAGUCAUUUAACUGUUUUUGCUGAAAAAAGAAAUAAAAUGGCAAUAAUAGAAUUAGCUAAAGAAGAUUGGGUUUCUUUUAAGCGAAAUUUAUUAUUGUUCUUAAAUACUAGUGUAAAUAGAUCAAAGUCCUAUCUUCUAUAAUUAUUACACUUUCGACUCUUUGACAUGUUUAUUUACAAUUAUUUUAAAUGGGUAGGAUUAAUUCAAUUAUUUUCAGUAUAUAAUUUUCAUCUAAUUUUUACUAAAAAUUUGGACUUUGUAUUAUUUUUAUACUGUUAAAAUAACUUUUCAGUUAUAUCUGCUAAACAUUUUCAUGGCAUCAUCUCUUCACAUUCAUGCUUAUGGAAUUAUAUUUAUAAAAUUACUUUUAUACAUGUUAAUUUAAGAGUUUUAUUUUGCAUGCCUGUUGAAUACUUAGUACCUGUUUUGACUUGCAAAAGAAGAUACCAUUCCUAGGUAUCCAUGAGGAAUUGGUUACAGGACUUCCUGCCGAUACCAUAAUUCAUGACCACUCAAGUUCUUUAUAUAAAAUGGCAUAGUAUUUGCAUAUAACGUACACACAUCCUCCCAUAUACUUUAAACCUCUAGAUUACAUAUAAUACUUAGUACAAUGUAAGAGCUAUGUAAGUAGUUCUUGUAUUGUUUAGUGAAUAAUAGCAAGAAAAAAAUGUUGGUACAUUUCAAUACAGAUGCAACCAUCAUAGGACUAACAACAUGUCAACAACAAAAUAACUUUUAAAUAGACUUAAAAAAUGUUAUUAGAUAUAAAGAGGGACAUUUUAUAAUGAUAAAGGGGUCAAUCUGUCACAAAAGUAUAAACAUAAGCAUGUGCACCUAAUAACAGAGAACCAAGAAACAUGAAACACAAACUGACAGAAAUGAAGACUAUUCAUUCAACAAUGGUAGUUAGAGAGACUAUACCCCAUUUUCUUUUUUCUUUAUUUUUUUUUAUUUUUCAAUUACAGUUAUUAUACAAUAGUAUAUUUCAGUACUGUAUUAGCUUAAUAUGUGCAACAUAGUUAUUGGGCAUUUAUAUAACUUACAAGUGAUCCAUUUUUUUUGCAUGUAUCUGUCCAGUUUUCCCGACACUAUUUAUUGAAGAUACUGUCUUUAUUCCAUUGUAUAUUCUUUUGUCAGUGAUUAAUUGACCAUAUAGAUAUGGGUUUAUUUUUGAACUCUUUAUUCUGUUACAUUGAUCUAUAUGUAUCAGUUUUUAUGCCAAUAUGCUGUUUUGAUUACCAUAGCUUUGUAAUGUGGGUUGACAUCAGGUAGCAUGAUACCUCCAACUUUUUCUUUCUCAAGAUUGCUAUAGCUACUCGGGGUGAGGGAAAGGGGAGUUGCUUUCGUAUAAAUUUUAGGAUUAUUUGUUUUAGUUCUGUGAAAGAUGUCAUUGGUAUUUGGAUAGGUAUGGCAUUGAAUCUGUAGUUUGCUUUGAGUAACACGGACAUUUUAAUGAUGUUAAUUAUUCCUGUCCAUGAGCACCAUAUCGCCUUCCAUUUAUUUGUAUCUUUAUUUUUCUUCAGUGUCUAAUAGUUUUCUGAGUACAGGUCCUUUACUUUCUUGGAUAAAUCUAUUCCUAGGUAUUUUAUUCUUUUUGAUGCAAUUAUAAAUGGGUUUUUAAUAAAUUUCUCUUUCUGAUAGUUCUUUAUAUAUAAAAAUGCAGUCAAUUUCUGAAUAUUAAUUUGGUAUUCUGCCAAUUUACUGAGUUCGUUUAUUUUUUUUCAUGGAAUCUUUAGGGUUCUUUUUAUAUAGUAUCAUGUCAUCUGCAAAUAACAGUUUGACUUCUUCAUUUCCUAUUAGGAUGCCUUUUUUCCUCCUUAUCUGAUCUCUGUGGCUAGGAUAUCCAAUACUAUGUUGAAUAAAUGUGGUAAAAUAGACAUCCUUGUCUUGUUUCUGAUCCCCCCCCCAAAUUUUUCUUUCAGCUUUUCACCAUUAAGUAUAUAUGAUGUUAGCUUUGGGUUGGUCAUGUAUGACCUUCAUUAUGUUGAGGUAUGUUCUAUCACCAUUUUGCCAAGAGUUUUUUUAAUCAGAAAUGGAUGUUGGAUUUUCUCAAAAGCUUUUCUGCAUCUGCUGAUAUAAUCAUAUUAUUUUUAUGCUUCCUUUUGGUAAUGUGGUGUAUCAUGUUAAUUGAUUGGUGGACAUUGACCCAACUUUGCAUGCAAAGAAUAAAUUCCACUUGAUCAUGG